AUGUACGCGAUCCAAGAGGACGGCGCCGACAGCCCUGUAUCGCCCGGCACCGGUACCGGCACCGGCACCGGUCGUCGUCGCCGUCGCUCAUCCCGCGGCGACGGCAACGACGUCGACGGAAGAGGCAGCGUCAACCGCAGCGGCAGCCACUGGGCCACCGCCGGCGAGAGGGUACCGGGGACGCCGCCGCCUACCGCGCUCAACUCCCCGCGCAAGCUGUCCAACGGGUCGGCGUCGUCGGUCUCGACCAUGUUCUCCCGCGAGAGCGCGCGGUCCGAGAUGCAGCGAUCCUCGUCGUCGAGCAGCAAGACGAGCUUCGACUCCUUCGACUCGGGGAACUGGAAGUCGGUCGACUUCGGCGGCGGCGGCCCACGCUCGCCGGGGGCCUGCUCGCAGCAGUACCGGAGGGGAUCCGGCCCCGACGGCAUAUUCGGGGGACUGCCCGACGCCGUCCUCGGCCUCGUCCUCGACCACCUGAAGAGCCUGCACCUCGACGACGACGAGGACGGCACGUGCGCGACGUGCUGGAUGCGCGACGUCUGCAGCAUCAGCCUCACAUCACGCAGGUGGUCCAAACCCGCGCGGGCGGCACUAUACGGCGACAUCCAACUGGUGGGCGCCGACUCGGCCACUCUCAAGAAGCGCUUCAAGCUCAUCUACGGACCGCGCAUCGUGCUCCUCCGACGGACCCUCCGAGCGGACCCGGCCAUCGCGCGCCUCGUGCGCUCCAUCAAGGUGCCCCGACCGGAGCCGAAGACCAGGGGCCUGACGGCCAAGGUGCUGGAGCAGUACGAGGACCUGGUGGCGUCGCUCAUCAUGGCCUGCCCCAACCUCGAGACGGUGUCGGGCCCGCUGACCGGCUACGAUCACGGCUUCAGGAAGAUGUGGCACGCCCUCUCCACCCGCACCGAGCUCAGGGAGCUGAACUGGCUCCUCGAGCCGUCGGCGGCGCAGAAGAAGAGGCAACACCAGCAGCCGCCGCCGCCGCCGUACCAGGCCGCAGGACGGCCGCACAACCUCGGCGGGGCCGCACCCGCCUCCGCCGUCGAGGAGGAGCCCGACCCCGGUAUCGAGCCGGCCUUCCUCCAGCUCCACCAGCACCUCAAGUCCCUCACCUGCCUGACGAUGCACUGCUACCCGGGGGCGGGCCUGGGGUCGGACACGCUGCUGUCGCGGACGCUGUCGGCGCUCCCCUCCCUGCAGCGCCUGCACCUGAGCGACCUCCCGGCCGGCUCCUUCAGCGACUCGACGCUCCUGUCGCUGCCGGCCCUCCGGACGCUGUCGCUCACGGCCGUGCCCGGCAUCACGUCCGCUGGGCUCUCGUCCUUCGCGACGCGGCCGCAGAGCCAGCCGCUCCGGAGCCUGAGCCUGCGCCACACCCCGCUGACGUCGCUGCCGGCCCUGGCCCGCAUCCUCUCCAAGCUGGGCUCGCUCGCGAGCUUCGCCCUCACCCAGACCUUCCCGCCCAUGAUGCCCGACGACGACGACGACGUCUUCUCGCUGUGGAUGAUGCCGUACCUGGCGUCGCCGAGCCUGCGCUCCAUCCACUGGGACAUCACCAGCCACCGCGACUGCGCCAACGUCGCCGACGACAUACUGGCCCGCAGCAUCGCCGCCGGCGGCUUCCCCGCCCUGCGCGUCCUCCGAGCCCCCAACGACCCGGACGCCGUCUUCCAGGGCCUCUGCCGGCCCCUGGACCGCAUCGACCUCCCCACCGACCGCUUCUGCGCCUCCGACAUGCCCCGGCCCCUCUCCCCCGCCUCGGGCCCCCUCGACACCCCCACCUUCCCGCCCGCCCAGCCCCUGCCCUCCCCGAGCAGCUUCCUCUUCGGCCUCGCCUCCCCGCGCCCCACGCCCACCACGCCCCAGUUCCCGCCCGCCUGGUCGGACGUGCCGGCCCCCCCGGCCUGCACCGACCUGCGCAUCGCCCGCCUCUCGGCCCAGACCCGCCUCGAGAGAGCACGCGCCAGGCACCGGUUCAGCGUCACCGUCACCGACGACGAUGGCUCCGUCGUCGACCGCUUCGGCGUCGGCGGCUUCCUCGGCACCCUCGGCAGCCCCAUCAGCUACGUCCUCCUGCCUGACCCCGGGUCCGCCGACGAGCGCGGCGGCGCCGUCCACCUCAAGGACCUGUACACCGAUGCGGGCGAGAGCCUGGCCGAUGCCGACCGGCGCGGCUGCUGCGGCGCCUGGAACCGUCGGGAGGGACCGGUGGCUGAUAAGAAGGAUCGGGAGAGGUGGUGGCAUACCGAGAGGGGGAGGUGGACGAGGAUAGAGCUGUAG